UAAAAAUCGAUAAAUCAAACUAAUAACACAUAAAAUUAAACCAAAUCGAUCGAUACACACCCCAGUACAUAGGGAUUAGGGAGGAGAUGAUAAACUUAAAUUGCCACUUAUUUUUUUUUCUAAAAACGUUAAUGUUUAAAUAUUUUACACAAAAAAUCUAACAAUAUUUUCUAAAAAAAUAUUUUCAAUCCUACCAAACACACUAAACAAACAUUUCACACUUAAGGUGGGAAGGGCCUUUCUGUCAUUUCAUUACCCCGCGUCAACAUUGGCGUCUUAUAAUACUUUUAUCACAUUACACUCCUACUAAAACCAUCACACCUAAGAUCCCCUUUUCCACCGAAACCAUCAAGAACCUUCCUUCUCUCCCUCUUCUUCCUUGAACUUUCCACCCUCCGUAUAUAUAUCCUUAUCUCUUCCCUCUCUUUUCCAUAUAAUACCCAUUAAUUUCUCUUUACAGACACUAUUGUUACUAUGGAUGACAAUAGCCCAAAUUUGCUUCAUGAUCCAUUUGUGGUUGACUCAUCCAAAGGAGGCUAUGCAUUAAGCGGCAAGAUUAUGUUAAGCGCUAUUGUUAUCUUAUUCGCUGUUGUUGUUUUCAUGGUAGGUCUUCAUUUAUAUGCUCGUUGGUACCUUCUAAGUCAACGCCGCCGUGAACUCCUUCGCCGCCGUAGCAGGGCCCACCAUCGCCGCACCCAUAUUGUCUUCUACGUUGAUAACCCUAAUUCCGGUAUGUCAGAUGCGAACCGGGGUUUGGAACCGGCAGUUCUCAAUUCCUUACCGGCUUUUUCCUACUCCGACAAGACUCACCCUGAACCGCUGGAAUGUGCCGUUUGUUUAUCAGAAUUUGAAGAGAAUGAAAAGGGUCGGGCUUUACCCCAGUGCAAUCACUCUUUUCAUUUGGAAUGUAUUGAUAUGUGGUUCCAUUCUCAUUCUACUUGCCCUCUCUGUCGGUCUCCGGUAGAGCCAGUUUCCGACCAACGGGAGAGUACCCCGGUUGAGGUGGCAGUGACGGUGAAUGAACAGACUGAACCGGGUUCAAGUUCCGGUUUAUGCAACUCUUGUCAGCACGGGGAGGUGAAUAGUAGUGUUAGUACGACGCCGUUAGGUGGACGGCGAAAAGGAUUGGAUCUUACAGGAGUAAGAAUAGAAGUUCCUAGGAGAAACGAGUUAGAAGACGAGUUGGAAAUGGGACUCAGACUGAGUUCACCAGCGAGUCAAUCAAGAUCACCCGCUGCUCGUUUAUUGUCUUUGAGAAGAAUACUCAGCAUGAACAGAAAAACACCCACUGGAACAAGCAAUUCCCCUGGUGUUGCAACAAGUUGUGCCGCCGAUUUCGAUUUAGAAAGCGGUGGUAGCGGAACAAUCCAAGCCGCAGAAACAGCCUCCCCAUCUAAUUACUGUUCACCUCGAUCACAUAUUGGCAACGUUCAUAGAGCAUCACAUAAUUCACAACUCAGUGAAUGAGAAACUUGGGCACAGAUACCUAGGUAAACAUAAAGAGGAGUUAAUAUGAAAAAUAUCACGCCCAUAGCGUGAUUAGAGGAACGUUGAAUUUUGGCAAGUAAAAGACAGAAAGACGAGAAUGACUUGACUGUCAGAUAACUCAUAUUGGAUGUCCUAUUACACAUGUCAGUUUGAUGUGGGACCUGAUGGUGUGACAUGGCAGUAAUGGAAUGGAAGAAUUCCUUUUUUUUACGCAUUCAUGGUAGACUUGGGCCUUAAAAUUGAGGAAUGUUUGACUUAUGAAUAUGUAUUAUGAGAGAAAUCUGCAACUUGUAAAGCAUUACGUGCAAGUCAAUUUCAAUGUUCUAUUUCUAAAUUCGUUGAA